GAGACCCGCGGCCCCCUCGCCGAGGCCCACGGCCCGACGCAACCCAACGAACGGCAUCACCGGCCCCGUGCCUGCCCUGCCCACCCCGGCGAAUAUUCGAACGAGGAAGCCGCAUAACCCGGUGCGGCUCCCGUCUCCCUUUACCCCCGGCGGCGAUCGAUGGCCCCGACGGCGGUGGCGACGGCGGAGGAGGCGGAGAGGCUAGCGGCGGCGGCGUGGGGGGAGGAAGGGGAGGAGGAGGGGAAGCGCGGGGCGGGGAUGAAGAGGAGGAAGCGCUACGGGCUGGUGGAGUACCGGGCGCUGCCGGGGUACCUGCGGGACAACGAGUACAUCCACCGGCACUACCGCUGCGAGUGGCCGCUCCCGCAGGUGCUGCUCUCCGCCUUCUCCAUCCACAACGAGACCCUCAACGUCUGGACGCAUUUGAUAGGAUUUUUCAUCUUCCUCGCUCUGACCAUAUACACUGCAACCCAAGUCCCGAAUGUAGUAGAUAUCCAGAGCUUGAAGCAUUUGCCAGAUGUGCUGAGAAAUGCAGACAUUCAUAAGAUCCAGGCGGAGCUUGUGUCAUGCCUUCCAUCGUUACCUCACCUUUCUGAUUUAGAAAAGCUGAAGGAUGAGCUGAAGAGCUCGUGGAAUUCUAUGGAGGUUCUUCCGUCUCUGUCCCGUUGGCAUCUCUUGGAGUUACUCUCAAAUUGCUUGCCACACAGAUUUACCCAUACCAAUGAAACAAGUUUGUCUGUUCUUCAAAGCAUGAAGGAUGAUAUAGCAAACAUGAUUGCACCAGAGCUGAUUAGACCAAUUGCACGAUGGCCAUUCUUCGCCUUCUUGGGAGGAGCCAUGUUCUGCCUUCUUGCCAGCAGCACUUGCCACCUUCUCUCCUGCCACUCCCGCCGCCUAGCAUACAUCAUGCUUCGACUUGAUUAUGCAGGCAUUGCUGCACUUAUUGCCACAUCCUUCUACCCUCCUGUAUACUAUUCUUUCAUGUGUUACCCCUUCUUUUGCAACCUGUACCUCAGCUUCAUAACCAUCCUAGGUGUGGCAACUAUCGCGUUCUCUCUACUCCCGGUCUUCCAGAACCCCGAGUUCAGAACCAUCAGAGCGUGCCUCUUCUUCGGCAUGGGCGCAUCAGGUGUGAUCCCUGUUCUUCACAAGCUGGUCCUUUUCUGGCACCAACCAGAGGCAUUGCACACGACCGGCUACGAAGUUCUGAUGGGGCUCUUCUACGGACUGGGAGCACUGGUGUACGCGACCCGGGUCCCUGAGCGCUGGAUGCCUGGGAAAUUUGACAUCGCCGGGCACAGCCACCAGCUCUUCCACAUCUUGGUUGUAGCUGGAGCAUACACGCAUUACCACGCAGGGCUCGUGUACCUCAAGUGGAGAGACCUGCAAGGCUGCUGAAAGGUGGUGCAUUGUUGAGGCUGUGGAUAGAUUAUAGGUUCCAGGAAUUCAGACUGAAGAUCGUGGUCCGUUGUAAAUUGUAACAGUAAACAUGAACGAGUGCUACCGGUUAUCAGGUCGUAGUCAAUAAUCCAAUGAGGAUUGGCUUUUAUGCUACUACCUAGCUGUUCCAGGUCGUCUGACCAAUGUGACAAUGUCAGUACCCGCAAUUCUGGGAAAAGUUCUGUUUUCCUUUUGUGCGCCAAAGCAUGAAGGAUGAGGGUUCUCCUUGUGUCAGUAA